AUGGUUUACUUACUAGGCGUCAAUUUACCAGACAACAAGCUAGUAAAAAUAGCUCUCACUAGAUUCUACGGUAUUGGUUUGCCCACCAGUGAACGUAUCUGCGCAUACCUUAGUAUACACGAUAAAGCAAAGAUUGGUCAGCUUCCUGAGCAUCAAAUGACGAGCUUAUCUAGUUUCCUAUCUGCUCCACCUGCUCUACCAACCACACAUUACCUACAUGACUUCAAGAUUGAAGCUGAUUUGAGGCGUGAGGUUAGAUCGAAUAUUGAGCAUCACAGACAAAUUGGUAGUUACAAGGGUAGAAGACAUGGUCAAGGUUUGCCUGUUAGAGGUCAAAAUACACACUCCAAUGCACGUACAGCCAGACGUGUGAAUAGACUAGGAGGACGUGGAUUUGCUACGUAA